AAUUCGGGCCGGGUUAGGGACGGAUCGGGUUGAAAUCAGGUCAAGUUAGUAACAAGUCGGGUUAAAUUCGGAUUUUGAUGGGUUAAAACGGGUUUAGGUCGAUUUCGGUUCAAGUCGGGUUCGGUUCAGGUCAAUAAUUUACGGGUUACAUUCGGGUUGGGUCAUCUCUAGGUUAGUUCAUUUUCGGGUUCAGGUCUCACAUACUUGGGUCAACUCGAGUCUAGGGUUGGUUUCAGGUCGGGUUUGAGUCACCAUUUUUUCGGGUUUAGAUGAGUCGGUUAAUAAUCGGGUUUGAGUCGAUGUUUCGGAUCGGGUUAACUUUUGAAAGCUCUACUACCAUGAUGCAAACAAAAAAAGACCGAGAAAAUAUUACUUAAAAUUUAAUAAACAAAAGUCAGAAAAUCAAGAGAAAUAGAAGAGCAGGAAUAACGAUGACGAUUAAUUGCAAAGCUGCUGCUACUAAAACACCAUACUUAGCUUCCUGUCUCCAUUAAUGGUGUUUUUCUGUUACAAGGCAAAUCACUUGGAACUUACAAUACUCAACAAAUGAAGAUUACUCCUAAUUUCAGAUGUUCUGCUUCCAUUGGUAAAUCUUCAACUCUUCUUCUUCCUUGUAUUAAUUCCCCUUUCAAUUUCAUCUCUCAAUUUUAUUUUUCACGACAUUUUUCCAGUAAAACAAUUAUUGCAAUUGAAGACCGUAAACUAUUUCUCAAUUUUGUUAGAGAACAAUGCAAAUUAGGGUUUUCCGAUCUCAUACUUCCACAAUCUCUCUUCAAUCAAUUGAUCUCUUUGCGUCGUCUUCCUUCAAUCGUCGUUUUCAGUCAGCUAUUGACUGCCAUUUCCAAAUUGAAACACCUUCAUCCUCAUUCCACCAUUGUAUCUUUCUUCAGGCAGCUUGAAUUACUGGGUAUUCGAUCUGAUAGGCAUUCGUUGGGUAUACUUGCUAAUUCUUACUCCCAUUUGGGUCGCGUUGAUUUGGGGUUCUCUAUUUUGGGUAAAAGCCUUAAGCUUGGUUAUCCUCGUGAUCAUGUUUUCUUUCACUCAUUAAUCAAUGGCUUUAUCAUUAAUGAUAAGCUCCCUCAAGCUGUUCAAUUGUUGGAUAAGACUGUAAAGUUAGGUUUCCAACCUGACAUUGUUACCUGUGGUGUUAUGGUGAAAGGGCUUUGUAGGAUCGGCGACAAUGCCGGUGCUCUCAGUUUGCUUAACAAACUGCAAUCUUCUACUCAUUGUAAGCCUAACCUUGUCAUAUACAGUACAAUUAUUGAUAGUCUUUGUAAAGAUAGGCUGUUGCGAGAGGCUCUGAACCUGUUUUCUACUAUGAAAAUGGAGGGCAUUAAACCAAAUGUUAUCACUUAUAACUCCUUGAUCCGAGGCCUCUACAAUUCUGGAUGCGGAAAAGAGGCUAAGCAUGUGUUGACUGAGAUGUUAAGGAGCAACAUCGUACCAACUGUUGACACCUACAGCAUUCUGGUUGACAUGUUUUGUAAAGAUGGUAAUGUUGAGGAAGCACAAGCCACAUUGCAGUGCAUGACUGAUAAAGGUGUGGCUCCAAACAUCAUAACUUACAAUGCUUUACUUGAUGGUUAUUGUUUGCGUGGUCAGAUGGAAGAUGCGGAAAAGCUACUUGACCUUAUGAAACAAAACGGCUGUGAGCCUAAUCUUAUCAGUUUCAGUACUAUAAUCAACGGUUAUGUCAAACUCAAAGACAUUGACAAAGCUCUUACUAUAUUAGAAACUAUGUUUGAGAAAGGGAUAGCACCAGAUGUUGUUACCUAUUCAACUCUUAUUGAUGGCUUGUGUAAAUCCAAUAGACUUAAACCUGCAUGCCAGUUGUUCGCAGAUAUGCAAGCUUACGGAGUUACUCCUAAUGUUGUCACGUAUAAUUCAUUGCUUGAUGGCUUGUGCAAAAGUGCACAACUUGAUGAGGCAGUUGCAAUACUUGAAGAUAUGGACGAUAAAGGUAUUAAGCCUACUACUGUUACUUACAAUAUCUUAAUGGACAACUUAUGUGAGGUUGGGCAACUUGAAGACGCAGUAGUUUUCUUCAGUGAUCUUCAAUCUAAGGGUCUACAGCCUGAUUCUAAGACAUACAAUAUCAUGACUAAAGGAUUCUGCAAGGAGGGAUUAAUGAAAGAAGCUGAUAAAGUACUGAGAAAAAUGGAGGAAGAUGGUUGUUUACCCAAUGAUAUCACCUACAAUACUCUCAUAAGAGGAUGUAUUCUCAAUAAUGACUUUUCCAAGGCCUUAUACUAUCGUGAUCUUAUGUUUAGCAAAGGGUUUCAAGCUGAUGCACACACUAUCUCAUUAUUUGUUGAUCUCUUGUAUUCUGAUAAGCUUAGUAUUUCGUCUAAGGGCCUGCUUCAGAAGUUCCUAGAAGGACUUGAAGUUGAAAAUAAUUAAGAUGAUUGCGAAUCAUGA